GUCCGCCGAAGUAAUCCAAAUCUCCGCUGCAGCCAGUCAGAAGAACCGCCAUCUGCAGCCUGCUGACACUAUUUUCGGAGUUAAGCGCGGAAACCAAUAUGACAGCCAAUAUUAGGCAUGCGCCUCUAUAAAGAGGGACCAGAGAACGUGAUGAAUGCUAUUCGAACACAAACAAUUUUUAUUUCCUUCUUUUUGGCGUUCAUACUCUGACCAAAAUGCAUCUCAUCCUGACUGGUGCGACUGGGUUGGUCGGUUCCGCCGCCCUGGCGCAUAUCCUCUCCUUGCCUGCUGGGUCGGUAUCCCACUUAUCCAUCUUGAGUCGCAGACCGGUGCCUAUGGCCGAGAACAAGCCAAAUGUGACCGUGAUUGAACAUCGGGACUUUUCUCAGUAUCCCUCGGAGCUGUUGGACAAGCUCAAGGGUGCCAGUGGCUGCAUUUGGGCGCAGGGUAUCUCACAAAGUGAAGUGUCUAAGGAAGAAUAUAUCAAGAUCACUCUAGACUAUCCCCUGGCUGCUGCGAAAGCAUUCUCAGGUCUCUCGAACUCUUUCAAGUUCGUAUAUGUUUCUGGCGAAGGAGCCACCACGAACCCGGGCUUCCUAACACCACUAUUCGGCACCGUCAAAGGCCAAGCUGAAGAAGCUCUCCUCAAGCUAUCCAAAGAUGUCUCCACCUUAAAGCCAUACUCUGUCCGUCCAGCAUUCGUCGACGCGCAUAGUCACCCGGAGGUCCUCAAAGCCAUCUCCUCCCGCCCAAACCAGCAGACCUUCCAGAGAAAAGUCCUUAAUAACGGCCUCGGACCUGUUUUCAGGUGUCUCUACCCAGGCAUGGUGUCCCCAACGCCGGAUUUGGCACGUUUCCUUACAGACCUCGCUAUGGGUGAUGGGGAGCCUUUGCAUGGAGACGGAAUCAGUGGAGAGGGAAGAACCGUGUCGAACAAGGCGUUUAGAAGGCUUGCUAAAGUGGGUGCCUGAAGUAGUUUACUUGGAGGACGUGUACGAUAGGUCAGAAUUGAAGUAAUAGACCAUAGCAGCGAGUAGACGGCCCUGUGGGCCUAGUAUCGAGUAAGUUUCCGGGCAAGCUAAAUUGUCAUAUGUUACUAAGUCAACUAAACCUGGGGGUUUAAUGGAAUCCUCCGUGUCUACCUACUUGUCUACGUAUCGCUUGUGGCUUGGCAUCGAUAUCAGUCAUGUGACUGUUCUGGCUAUUCUGG